AUGUCUCUUCCGAACGGCGUUGAUGUGUCCCAGCUGGUUCAACACCCGGUUUUGGCCGCUUUGCCUCCAUUUUUCCUGCGAGCCUCCGAAAGAUAUCAGAGGACACCAAAAUGCGCGCGCUGUCGCAAUCACGGCGUCGUUUCAGCAUUGAAAGGUCACAAACGCUAUUGUCGAUGGAGGGACUGUGUUUGCGCAAAGUGUACGCUGAUCGCUGAAAGACAGCGAGUUAUGGCCGCACAGGUGGCGCUGCGACGGCAGCAAGCUCAAGAAGAGAACGAGGCCAGAGAACUGAAUUUACUCUAUGGUGGACAACCUUCCGGUGCACCGCAUUUUCCUGAGAUAUCUGAUGAGCCAGGUAAUUGA